AGUCAACUUCAACUUAUUUUAUCGAAACCAAACGGCCAUUCUUUUCGCUUCCAAAUCCAAUCAACUCUCCACUCUGACACUCUCCCCAACGUCGGACUAGAGUGCAGUUCGUUGGCUACAAAAAUUGUUGUUCGUGUGUGUUCGCAAAAAAAGAAAGAAAAAAUACAGAAAUUAUAUCAAACAAAUUAAUAAAAGAUAUCAAAUCAAAUGGCGGAGAUCGAUUUGUCAAACUUGAUACAAUAAAAAUAUAAUCUCAAUUAUGAUUGCGUGCUCGUUUAUCGAAGAAAAAAGAAAAACCCAUCCUCAAUACUAAACUCAACGAAAAUAAUAAAUCAAUUAAAAGAAAACCAAAAGUGAAGAAAAAUAAUCAAGUUUCAGUUUGUUGUAAAGUAAAAAAGAGAGAAACAGGAAAGAAAAGAAUCGGAAAAAUAUAAUUUACGAAAAAGAAAAGUCUCCACCCAAAAAAUAAUACAAAAAGAAAAUAAAAAAAAAUAAUUGUGUGUUUUUGCGAAAAAUAAUUGUCAAGGAAAUUUGUGUGUAUUUUUAUUUUCCUCUUCCUCUUUUUUCUUCUCGUCUACAAUCGCCACACAAAUCUCGUAUUGAAUUUGUUUGAUUAGAAAAUUAGAAAAGAAAAAUAAGUUCUGUUCGUUUUGUUUUAAUUUUUCUUUUCGUUUUAUUUUUUUUCGCGAUCGCGAGUGCAUUAAUCUUAAUUGGAAUUCCAACGCAUCAAAUUCAAAAGUCGUGAAAAAAGCAGAAAAUUGUGAUUUCAGUGCCGGAUGAGACGAGACGAGUGCGGUGCGGUGUAAAUCUCUGUGCGUGGUGUGUGGUGAAAAAUAAAAGUAGGAGAGAAUGAAAAAAUUGCAUAAGUGAAGCGAGAAGCGAGAAAAGAUAAAGAAAAUUCUUCUUGUUCUUCUAUAUUUUUAAAUUUUUUCUUCUAAAUUUUGUUGUUGUUGUUUUGCCGCUUGUGGUGCGGGGCGGAGUGUGGAGCAACGAGCGUCGACCAACGACCGACGACGUCGAGUGCAAAAGAAGAAAUUUCCUUGUCCGGUUUUUUUUUCCACUGUGUUGUUUUUCAUUGCAAAAUAAAGAAGUGAAAAACUGUCUUGUCCUUUCCGUCGAGAAAUUGUUGUUGUUAAUUGGAGAAUAAAACUUCCAGGAGCUUCAAGUGAAAUCCCAACUUUACACACACAUUAUUCCAAGACUUCGAAUGAACAUCGUGCGGAAAAGUUAAUAAGAAACUCACACAAAAUUAAAAAAACAAAAAUCUCAAAGAAAAUUUAUUGCUGAGAAAGUGAUUAAUUCCACAAUCUGCAUGCUUCUCAACAGACAAUAAAAAGAAACAACAACAAAAAGGUCAAAUUCAACUCACACAAAAAAGUCUGAAAGAAUCAAAAUGAAUCAUAAAAAAUAGCAAAGGAAUUUCAUUUAAAAAACAAAAGAAACUAAAUCAACCCAAAGUUAUCAGCACAAAAAUAAACAAAGGUUGUCUCUCAUAAUUUCUUCCUGUUUAAAAAUUAAAAAAAAAACAACGAACAACAUAAAAAUAGAACUUCCAUUAGCGGAAAUAAUAACUGAAAAGACUUAAUUAACAAAACAAAAUUAAAAACUCCAAAGAAAAUUAACAAAAAGAAAAUCACCAAUUUCUAAUUAAGUAUUAUUUAAAUUUUUGUUUUUGGAAAUCAUCAUCAAUCAAAAACUAUUGUGUUAUUAAAUUAAUUUAAAUUUAAAAUAAAAAAAGAGAAACAGUAUUUCGCCGAAACGGAACACUGAAUGACAUUACUUGGGCCUAGCGCCCCUGGGAUGGCCUUUAUGAUGAAAAAAAAGAAGUACAAGUUCAAUGUUGAGGUGCAACUUAAGGAUUUAGUUGAAGUAGCGCUAGUUAAUGAGGUGCUAUUUGCUAAAAUACGCUUAUUGGAUGGUGGAUCAUUUCAAGAAUAUAGUUCAAGAGAAGAAGUACGUAAUCACCGAGUACAAUGGGACCGUUCAUUCGAGUUCCCAUGCAAAAUGUCAGCAAAUGCAUCAACUGGUGUCCUAGAUCCAUGCUUCCUAAGAAUUUCCAUCCGCAAAGAAAUGAAAGGCGGACGUAGUUAUUAUAAAUUAGGUUUUAUCGAUUUAAAUCUUGCCGAAUUCGCCGGAUCGGGUUUAACAUCAAGAAGAUGUUUGCUCGAGGGCUACGAUCAGCGCCAUCGUUUGGAUAAUUCAAUGCUAAGGGUGUCAAUUAAAAUGCACAUGCUAAGCGGUGAUAUUCUCUUUAAAGCACCGACGCCAAGUCUAGCAGGCAAACAAAUUCCAUCGCAAGAUGAUCUUGGCACCGUUGUUGGCAGCGGUGGAGGAGGAGGUGGAUCAGGUGGUGGAGGAGGUGUAAAUAAUGCACUUGGAGGUGGUCACCAAACGCCAACGAUACCGUCUGCGGUACCACAGGCUAAUGCAGCUGGUGUGCCCAGUUCGGGAGCGACAACUGGCAACAGGCCAAUUUCCUCGUCACGCGACGAUGGCAUCUCACAAUCGCAAACCUCUUCGGGCUUUGGAUCGCUAACGAAAAAGAAAUCCGAGCUGUUUGCAGAUGUUGACCCAGCAUCGCUGAUUGCAUCGAUUGUUGCCGAUUCGGGAUUGUCAGAGUCCUCGGAGCCGGCAACAAAUGCAUCAGACUCACUGUUGCAAACAUAUCCACCGCCAUCGCUUACGUCACUGUCUAACGCACAACAAGUGCUUCCAUGUGGUGGAAUUGGAGGAACUGGAGGAAGUGGUGGCGGAGGUGGUGGUGGUGGUAGUGGAGGUAAUAGCAGUGGUGGAGGAAGUGGUGUCGGAGUUGGCAGUGGCAGUGGCAGCGGAGUUGGUGUAGGUGGGGUGAUAACAAAUAGUGGGGUAGGUGGAAUAAGCAAUACUGGGACUGCAUCAAUGAUAGAGAUGGGACACUCGAGGAAUUCCAGCAAUACUAGUCAAAUGUCAAAAGGUUCGGGUUAUAGUAGUUUUUCGCACAGUCAACAUUCAAGGCAAAGUUCUGAAGGUGAUUCAGGACAUGCUAGAUUCCAAAAAUCCGUUUCCCUUCUAAACAGAUUAAAUCAAAAAGCUAUAAAUGUCAUGAAACUGAAUAUCCCCACGUUCCUGCAUACGAAACCCGAUUGUAUCGAUUCGGAUGGCAACACUUACCUAACACCGAAUUCCUCGUUAAGCAUUCAAACCGACUUGAGUAUUGAAGAGUUCCGAACACCCAUGAACGAGAUGCCUAGUCAAUUUGAAAACACCGAAAAACGACAACAACAAUCCAAAAGAAGGCGACAUUGUUCUUCGACAAGCAGCAGUAGCUGUGGUGCCGAUGAUGAUCGAGAUGAUGAUGACGAUGAUGUAUCAACAGAUGAAGAUUCAGGUUUGGAUGAGAACUAUCAUACUCCGAGAGUGGCCAAAAUCAAAUCCAUGGAGAAUCUUUCAAUUUUAGAAAUGGAAUUUAAUAAGGCCUCCGAAGAGUUGGAUAGAAAUUCACCACGACGCUUGAAUAACGAGGUGAAUUCUAGAAUUGUCAAAAUUAAGUCAUUGAAUAAUUUGGUUCUCGAUAUGGACCAAUAUGAGGGAGAGGCUUUGAAGCGGGAAUUCGAAAGACUUCGUCAUAGUAAGACAUCGCCGGCAAUUGCCCGAGCAGCGGCGUCAGCUGCACUCUUCGAAGAUUCCCCAUCGAAGAGUGGUAAAUUCAAGAAGAACAAAGUUGGCAAUGCCAAGUUCAUUGGAAACGAUGAUACUCCAGAGAUUUUGAGGGAUCGACAACAGCCACACUAUCCCAUUGCGAAGAUAAAAUCCCUAGGCACCAUACCGGAUGUGGUGAGUGAGCGUAUAGAAUGUGAUCCGUUUCUGACGCCGACUUCGGGUCGAAAGAGUUUCCCUGGUGGACAACCAACAACGUCGUCAUCCGAAGGAGUCGAGAUUAGGAAUAGUGGAAUUGAUGUGGUCGAUUCGGCGUGGAAUAGCUGCGGAAUGAAGGAUUUCACAACCUACGAACGUUUGGGCAGAUUGCAUUACACUCCGGAGGCCUUGAUUAUGUCUAGAACACCAUUCGAACGAGCCUAUCGUCGUAGCUACCAACGGAAUUCGUUGAAUGUUAAGUCCUCCACACCGCUAAGGCAGUCCGAUGGAUAUGUGUAUUAUCAGAGUACGGAUCCCGCUAAUCUAAUUGUUGGUCGUCAAAAUUCCAAUUUAUUGAGGAACCCUAGUUCCGGAUCGUUAGUUAUAAGUGAAACAGGAUCUCUAGAUCGUAUGAAAACAGCAGCUGAAAAGCGUAAAAAGGGCGCACUCGAUGAUGGGGCGCCACGUGUUUCGGAUCGUGUUGAAGAAACUCGUGUUAAUCCAAAUUCAUUAAUCGACGAUCUUCUUAAAGAUACAACAUUAGAUCAGUUUGAGGAAUCAGCAGAAACAUCUGGCUUAAAAUUGUAUAUAGCAAAAGAUGGAACGGCAUCAUUAGGUAGCCAUGAAGUUAAAUCUCAUGUAUCGGCUGGAGCCUUUAAACAAGUGGUCAUGGAAACGCCUAGAUAGUAGCGGCAGUUGUAUUAAAAUUUAUAUAAAUUAUAUAAUGAAGAACAAAAAAUCUUUAAACAUACAUUUACCUAACUACAAUAAUAAAACAAUAUUAUUCGCCAGUUUUAAACAAAAACAAAAAAAAAUAAAAAAAAAGAAAAGCAAACCACAUUAUACUGAAGAAACUAUUAUUAAAAAUAAUAUUUAAUAUUUAAAAUAAAAAUAAACAAAAGAAAACAAAAAAUUAUACACACACGCAGGAAAUGAAUGUAGCUAUAGUUUUUUAUUAUUCAGUGUUUUUUUAUUGAGAAAGAAAAUAAAAACAAAAAACUUCAAGACACAUAAAUACACUCACAAAAAAAAAACAACACAUAUAAAUGUCCCCUCAUGCUAAGAUUCAUAUAAAACAAAAAUUACCUUAACUUUUAUACUAUUAGUUUCGUUUUAAAAAAAAAAUUAACAACAAAUUAUUAUCAAUAUCAAUUUCAAGCGCUUCUAAGGGACACGAUAAAA